AGAGAGAGAGAGAGAGAGAGAGAGAGAGGACGCUGUUGACAGUUCCUCCGCUGUGGAUUUACCAGGAGUCAUUUCAUGCCUAUUUUUGUACGAUAUUUUAGCUCAUUUACCAUAGUUUGUUUUCAGAUCCAUUUUUAAGAAAGUUCUCUUCCUGGAGUCUCGCAACAUGACACGUCUAUGUUGAAGACAGCAUGUGGUGACUGUGAGGCCGGGCCCCAUCCUGAGUCUGUACGAUGAAGAGCCCGGUGCACAGGUGCAGGGACGUGGAGAGGCAGGCUGCCUGCCUGCAGACUGAGCAGCCGUGUGUCCCCGUCUCCCAGCACAUCCCCAGCGGCAUGUGGUUUAUCAGGGACGCGUGUGGCAUCGUGUGCGGGGUUAUCACCUGGAUGUUGGUGUUCUAUGCUGAGUUCGUUGUGCUCUUCGUCAUGCUGUUGCCUUCUAAAAACCUGACCUAUAGCUUAGUCAAUGGGACUGUGUUCAACACUCUGGCCUUCCUGGCUCUCGCCUCUCACUUCAGGGCCAUGUGCACGGACCCUGGAGCUGUGCCAACAGGAAACGCCACUAAAGAGUACAUCGAGAGUCUUCAGCUGAAGCCGGGACAGGUGGUGUACAAGUGUCCCAAGUGCUGCAGCAUCAAGCCUGCACAUCACUGUAGUGUGUGUAAGCGCUGCAUAAGGAAGAUGGACCACCACUGUCCCUGGGUUAACAACUGUGUGGGAGAGAACAACCAGAAGUUCUUUGUGCUCUUCACAAUGUACAUUGCACUCAUCUCCCUCCACUCUCUGGUGAUGGUGGUCUUCCACUUCCUGUACUGCUUCGAAGAUGAUUGGACAAAGUGCAGUUCCUUCUCACCUCCUGCGACCGUCAUCCUCCUCAUCCUCCUGUGCUUUGAGGCCCUCCUCUUCCUCAUCUUCACCUCUGUGAUGUUCGGGACUCAGGUCCAUUCCAUCUGUACAGACGAGACGGGCAUUGAACGUCUGAAGGGGGAGCAGGCCAGGUGGGAGAAGACUUCCUGCUGGGAGGCGAUGAAGUCAGCGUUUGGAGGGCCCUUCUCCCCAUCCUGGCUCAGUCCCUUCUCCGACCUCCGCUGUAAGAGGGAUCCCAAUGACCACGUGGCGCUGCCGCAGGGGGAGAUCAUCGAGGACGACGUCAUAGAGAUACCGCUGGUCUAGUGUCCAUAAGACUCCCGUAGAACUAGAAUGAACAGAAUGGCCGUCCCGUAGAACUAGAAUGAACAGAAUGGGCGUGGAACCUAGCACCCUGGCAGGUUUUGACUGGUGAACUCCUGGGUACACUUGCUAUGGAAGCCUGGUGUUGUGUUCCAAUAUGGUGUCGUUGACUAAAUAAUUAGGAUGGUGAUUUACAUUUGUCCUAUUUCAGACAUGUACCAGUGUGUAUUAUACACGUGUGAAUUGUAAAAAAAAAAAAUUCUGCAUAUCUCAACUCUCCCUGAGACACCCUCCAGGGGGAGGGGGGGAGGAGAUCUGGACUAGGCUUUUAUAGAGAUGCCAGUUCUAUUCAUUCUAUUUCUAUACAGACUCCACUGGUCUAGUGCGGUGUCCUUCCUACAGUGCUACUGCUGCUUGGACCAAAGCCUUAAAGGGACUCUACACCAAAUGUCCUUUUAAAGAAUGAGCCACAAAAUGUCCAGGUCGAUACCCCUGGUGAUGUGAACGAGGUACAAGUCCCAACGAAGACGAGAGUUGGAUUGUACCCAAACAGGCUCUUUCAGUACUCCAGAGCAUCUCCUGCAUACACAGCUCUACAUGGUUCAGUACGGGAAGACCUCUAGAAAAUGACCUGUGACUAUGCAGAAUCUAGACUGUCCGUUGCCCUUAAUCUUACUUCACUGAGUGCCUUUAUAAAAUGUCAAGUUAAGAAUUUACAGUUACUGGCCUUGUUCUGCAUGGUAUGCAAAUGAGGUGGUAGCGGUUACUGGUCUUGUUCUGCAUGGUAUGCAAAUGAGGUGGUAGCGGUUACUGGCCUUGUUCUGCAUGGUAUGCAAAUGAGGUGGUAGCGGUUACUGGCCUUGUUCUGCAUGGUAUGCAAAUGAGGUGGUAACAGUUUUUAAACUUUUUCUAUCUGUAUUAUCAUGUCAGAGAAUUACAUGACCUUUACAAGUGUGUUAAUUAAAGGGCCUUUUCUAAA